AUAAAUGAAGAAGAAAAAAAAAAAAGGAAGAUAGAUAUGAGAGAGUAUUGAAUUGAAUGCAUGAAGUAGUUAGCACUAGAUUUGCACCCAAAAAAGUAGCUAGCAUUUACCACUAGAAAAACGCAGUUUGUCCACAGUCCAGGUUGUUCACUCGCUAUCUCUCACAGCGAAGCAAACAAAACACACACACGCACUCCCUAUAUUCAUUCAUUCAUUCACUCUCUUUACAUAAUUUCCAGAAUCAUCAUCUCACAAUGUCUAGUUCAGAAGACGAAGGAGGAGAAGAGUAUCUUUUCAAAGUCGUUAUUAUCGGAGAUUCCGCCGUCGGUAAAUCUAACCUACUCUCCAGAUACGCUCGUAACGAGUUCAAUCUUCACUCCAAAGCCACAAUCGGAGUUGAAUUCCAAACUCAAAGCUUAGAAAUUGAUUCUAAAGAAGUUAAGGCUCAGAUUUGGGAUACCGCCGGUCAAGAACGCUUCCGUGCUGUUACUUCUGCUUAUUAUAGAGGCGCCGUCGGUGCUCUCAUUGUUUAUGAUAUUAGCCGCAGAACUACUUUCGAUAGCGUCGGUCGAUGGCUCGAUGAACUCAAGACUCAUUGUGAUACUACAGUGGCAAUGAUGCUGGUGGGAAACAAGUGUGAUUUGGAUAAUAUAAGGGAUGUGAGCAUUGAUGAAGGUAAAAGCCUUGCAGAAUCAGAAGGUUUAUUUUUCAUGGAAACCUCUGCUUUGGACUCUACAAAUGUGAAGACAGCUUUUGAGAUGGUUAUUAGAGAGAUAUACAACAAUGUUAGCAGGAAGGUCCUCAACUCAGACACUUACAAGGCUGAAUUAUCUGUCAACAGGGUUAGUCUUGUUAACAAUGGCAACUCUACAUCAAAGCAAAACAGUAGCUAUUUUUCUUGCUGUUCCUGAAUUUGGUUUUUUUGUUGGUUUUGAGUAAUUAAAAAUUCAAUUGAGCUGGGUUCUUCUUUCAUGGAAUAUCAUUUGAAUAGUUUUUGGAUUACAACUACAAAAGACAAAUACAUAGCAAUGAAAAUUUAUAUAUAUCUUCAAUUUGAAGUAAACGGGUUUUAAUUGUAUAAUCUGGGGGGUACAGUGAGAUUGUAAUUUCGGUUAAUGAAGUGGACAUCCAUUUACGUCAUGUUUAGCAGUAAUUUCUGAGAUAUGAUUGUUGUUCUUGAUUAAUCAGUAUAGUUUACAAGUUUCCAA